AUGCCUGCGAAAUCGAGAUUUACAAGGCUGGACGCCUUCACAAAGACAGUCGAUGAAGCAAGAAUACGAACAACUUCUGGCGGAAUCGUGACAAUUGUUUCCUUACUAACUGUUCUUUGGCUAGCAUGGGGAGAGUGGAGUGUCUACCGGCGCAUUGUAGUUCGGCCAGAAUUGAUUGUGGACAAGGGAAGAGGUGAAAAAAUGGAAAUACAUCUCAACAUUACAUUUCCCAAAAUUCCUUGCGAGCUACUCACACUAGAUGUGAUGGAUGUGUCUGGAGAGCAACAAACAGGAGUGAUGCAUGGUGUAAACAAGGUUAGACUUUCAUCAGUAAACGACGGUGGUCAUGUAAUUGACAUCAACUCUUUGGACUUACAUAAUGAUGAACAAGCAACACAUCUCGAUCCAAAUUACUGUGGACCCUGCUAUGGUGCCGAGUCACCACCAAAUGCCAAAAAAAGUGGCUGUUGUAAUACCUGUGACGAGGUGAGGGAAGCUUAUGCCAGUGCAUCUUGGGCUUUUGGUCGUGGUGAGAAUGUUGAACAGUGCGAGCGGGAACACUAUGCUGAAAGGAUCGACGCGCAAAGAAAUGAGGGCUGCCGCAUAGAAGGAGCUCUACGAGUCAACAAAGUUAUCGGAAACUUCCAUAUAGCGCCUGGUAGGAGUUUCAGCAAUGGGAACAUGCAUGUUCAUGACCUAAACAAUUAUUUUGAUACUCCGUUAAAGGGUGGCCAUGUAUUUACACACACCGUUCAUGCCCUUCGUUUUGGACCACAGCUUCCUGAAUCAGUUACAAAGAAGCUAGGUCCCAAAGAGAUGCCAUGGACUAAUCAUCACCUCAACCCUCUCGAUCACACCGAGCAAGUCGCAACCGAGCCGGCCUACAACUUCAUGUACUUCAUAAAAGUCGUGUCAACCUCAUAUUUACCUCUGGGAUGGGAGAAGCUGAACUACAAUUAUGGUGGAUCCGAUGAAAAUGUUAGUCUUGGGGGCUAUGGACAUCGAGGUGACGGUAGUGUUGAGACACAUCAAUAUUCUGUAACUAGUCACGGACGGAGUCUUGGCGGAGGAGAUGAAUCCGCUUCCGGCCACAAGGAAAAAAUUCACGCCCGGGGUGGUAUUCCUGGGGAUAUAUCGCCCAUGAAAAUAAUUAAUCGAGAGGAAAGAAGUAAGAGUUUUACUGGAUUUUUAACUGGUCUCUGCACAAUAGUCGGAGGAACACUGACUGUGGCCGCUGCCAUCGACCGUGGCGUGUACGAAGGCGCCACUCGGCUAAGGAAGCUACAAUCUAAGAGUCUUUGA